GCGCAUCCAUCGCCCGCGUCUCUGGUCAUCAACCCGCCUCUGGCCUCAACUCACCACCUGCAUACGAUACGCUCGCCCGUCCACAUGGUUGGCAAAGCUGCUCCGCCCUUGUCGCCUCGUUGACCGCUCGCUUGCUUAGUUGUCUCCCGCUGGCUGGGGCUCACUCUCAGUCCACCAUCCUUGCGAAUCUCACAAGGCCCUUGACUCUUGUCGGGCAGCGCUGUCGGUCUUGUAUUCCACGGCGUUGACGACUCUACGUUGGGGGGGUGGUAUUCAGGGUGGCACAAAUGGCGUGACACGACGGGAGCGAGCGCUUGACGAGGCGACAGGGCUGUCAUGCAGAAGCGACAUUGAUGCGCUUGUUAUACCUUCUGGAAUAACGUCAUUUUUGUAAGUUUCAAUUUGAUCAACCAUGGUUCUCCAUUACCUCGUGAACAGAAAAGGCGUCGAUGUACUCGUGUACGUCAAUGGCACGACACCAACCGUGUACUCUCUCACGAUGAAACGAAACAACAUGCAGGCCACCAUCUCUCUAGAAUGCUCCCUGCACGUCCGUGGCUUCGACGACGUCGAGCAGACCUUCACCAUCGACUACGGUGCUGACGAUCUGAUGCCUGGCACUGAUCUUAUCGAUCUUGUCAAUCUGGAGGAUUCUGAGUACACGCUUCCGUCACUGGGUCAUCUGCAAAGAAUAACUCGGCCGGGAGCAAGUGCCGACCUGAAGAUCUUGCGUCUGAAGAUUCGGAAGCCGUGUCCUAUCUGGUGCCCUCCCUCUACCGGCAGGAUAGCACCCAAACAUGAUUCAGAUGCUGCAUUCACUCACCUCAGUCAACUCGCACAAUCGACAAUGGUCCAUGUCCUUUUUGACUACACCUGGGUUCAUGUUAACAAUCGGCCCAUGCUCAAAGAUAUCUUCGACGACGAACAACGAAAAGCCUUUUCCACGCUUCCUAAGUCGCCAGUAUUCGAGGAACAACACAGGAAAGAGAAGUGGACGGUCUUCAGUCCUGUUGACCCCCCGGCCGCUGCUCCACCACCUUACACAAACAAACGUCCAAGAUCGCCAAAUACCUCUAGUCCAGUGUCUGGGGCACCGUAUCAGAAGCGUGUCCAUUCGUUCUUCGACAUCACUGGGUCACCGACCGAGAAAGCUACUACAGCAUCGUCACCGAGUUCCUGCUCUCCUCACCCUGAUGAUUAUCCAUCUGCCCUGAAUACAUCGCCAACCCCCCGAUCUCCCUACGCCACCGACAAUCUAUCCGCCCCGAAAACGUCGCCGCCUCCCCGAUAUUCUCGCCCUAUCAACAACCCACCUACCAUACAGAACAUCAAAGACCUUGUCAAAGAUGCCGCGAAUGAGGCAACGCAGGGCUGGUUGAAAGGCUUCAAAGACACUCUGAACGUGGCAACAGAGGACCGGUUGGCACGCUUUUUUGAGGAGAUGGCUGACCACGUGGAACAAGAAUGCAAGCAAGCAGGCUUUGAGCUCGCUGAUACUCUGGAGGAUCAUGAGACGAACAUCCUUAUUGUCAAGGAGGACCAGCUUGCGGAUUUCCAUCGCGUCCUCGAGGACGUUAUGGUCACAAUCAAGGGCAAGAUAGAUGAGUUCAAGGAAACAAUAGAAGAGCUUAAGGAUGCUGCAGAACUGGACAUUGCUUAUUCCACGGCGCAUUUCCAGAGGAGGUAUCGUCCUGCCCAGUACCGGCAGUCCCUGAAAGACACAUGGAAGUUGUUGGCAGAGGAAGAAGCGGUGUACAACAAGGAAGAGGCAUUGAUCGAGGAUGAGCAGGCGAUUAUUGAUGACCAGCGACGGGUUCUGGCGAGAAAGAGGCGCCUGGUCGCAUCGCGCAGGAAACUUAUACAGCGCAAGAGGAAGCUCUUAGAGUGUGAACAGAAUCAGGGUACACAAUCUCCGGAGGUGCCGUCGUUGCCGGAGUUGUAGUACAUUGUCGCAUUAAAGAUCAAUGUGCCUACACUA